UUCGUCGCCUAAAUCUAAUCGUUCCUGGAGAGAGUGUUUAUUACACCCUGCAAAGGAUACCUAUUUUACAAGCUCUAACCCCGCUGGACACAUGCAGGUGAAAUGGAGCCUGUUGUAAAGGAAAAGUUUUUCAUAGUAAUCCGAAGUAAGUCCAGGAAAGGCUUCUGCAGAGGAGUCAUUGGCCGUGUGGAGGGUGAGCUGCAGAAUGGUGAGCUGAUGGCAGUGCUGUUCUGUGGCAGCAGCAACAAUGGCAAUUCAAAGACUGGGGGCAUUGUGAAAAAAGAAGACACGUAUCCCUUGACACGCCACCAGGCUCAGCUACUGCUCUAUGUCUCGUCCUUAAGCAAGCGCCUCGAACUACUGUGCAACCCUCAGUUUUUCUCUGCCAUUUGUGAACUUUCACAUCAGGACCUAGUUGUGGUCAGGCACAAGAAGGGACACCUACCUGGGCUGGUGAAGAACCUCAUGCAGAUUGGGAGAAAUGACAACCAGGAAGACCUGCACAUGCUGGGCUUUGAGGUGGAAAUUUUGGAGACAGACCGCAGUUUUGCCUCCAAGAAAUCCACUCCUCCUCCUCUGUUCAGUGCGGCAGAUAUUGUUCAGGUUGUCCCAUCGCAGUCUGUCUCCCCUGGAGUUCAGUGGAAUGAGGGUCAAAACCACAGAACCGUAAGUCGCAUCAACUCUACAUCAAGUGUAGGAUCUUUUGGUCAACAAGUAAACUGCAGGCAACCAGGAAGUGAAGGUAUGCCCCAAGUUCCCCUGGAGGUGGGGUCUCUGGUGGAGGUCCAGUCAAACUCUGGACUCACUGUGUAUGGAGUCAUCCGCUGGAUAGGUGCUCUCAAAGGAAAGACUGGUGAAUGGGCUGGGAUUGAAUUAGACUAUGACGUAAAGGGCUGUUCUGAUGGUACAUAUGGAGGCAAAAGAUUUUUCACCUGCUCUGGAAACAAGGCUCUGUUCAUUCCAAAGAAAAAGUGCUGUCCUGACCGUAGAUUUGGUCCAUGUGGGGAGAGUGUGAACUCCAGAACAGAAAAAACACCAGUCCCUUCCUUUGAAGAGUCUGAGGAUCAUGUACCACCUCUCACAGAAUCUGAGGCUUUCUCUGUACUUGUUGGAAAGAUGAAGGGGAUUCAAGGCCACAUUAACUCAUGUUACCUCGACGCUACUCUCUUCAGUUUAUUUUGCUCAUCUCUGGUGCUGGACAAAUUCCUUCAAAAGCCUCUUGACAUUGAGCCACCAACAACAAGCACUUUGAGGAAAAUCAUCAAUCGUUUACGCAGGCAAGGAUUUGUUCCUGCUGAGAGUGUGAUGAGUUUUCGUAAAGAGCUCGGGUGUGACACUUUCAGUACAGAGGAAAAAGACCCAGAAGAGUUCAUCACUGUCCUUUUUCAGAAGGUGCUAUGCAUUGGACCUUUACUGAAACUUAGAUCUAGAGGAGAGACUUUCCAGGACACCUACACAUUGCAGAUAUUUUUAGAAAAAGAACAGAUGUGUCCCAUGCCAACUGCCCAGCAGCUCCUCGACACAUCCUGUUUAUCCAGUAAUCUGAAGUUUGAAGUGAUGCCGUCAUGUCUGAUAGUACAGAUGCCCAGGUUUGGCAGCAAAUACAAGAUGUUUUCACACAUCAUCCCCUCAGUAGAGCUCGACAUCACAGAUCUUCUCUAUAAUUGUCCAAGGCAAUGUUUUCUCUGCGGGUGCUUGGCAGAGUUUGAGUGUUUACAGUGUCUACCAGAUCGUAGGUUGGCCCCAGGAAGAAUCAAACAAUACUGUGCUACUUGCAACACACAGGUGCAUACCCAUCCCACAAGACAAGGCCAUUCCCCGACACCGCUGGAGGUCUCAACAGGGACAACCACUGACGCUCCAAUGCCUAGACAUACUAUGCAGCUGUUUGCAGUUCUGUGUAUUCAAACCAGCCAUUAUGUGUCAUUUGUCAAAUGCGGCUCAGACCCUAAGUCAUGGCUCUUUUUUGAUUGCAUGGCAGACAGAUGCGGUAAUGAUCAGAGCGGAUACAACAUUCCAGAGGUCUGCGCCUGUCCAGAGCUGGGCGACUUUCUAUCUCAAUCAGAGGAGGAGCUGGCGUGUAUCAACCCUUCUCAGGUCCCUGAACUUGUGAGGAGGCUGUUAUGUGACUCUUACAUGUUGUUGUACCAGAAGAAUCCAGUCGAGCCGCUCCCUUUGUCAGACUAACAGCAGCAACUUUGAACACAUGACACAAUGAGGGGACGCGGUGUCCACAGAAUAGCUCUGUAAUCAUGAGUGCUUUUAUAACCAAGAGUUUAAAUGGUUGUUAUAACAUAUUAUAACAACUGAUCUGCAAUGUAGCUCAAAGUUACAUUUUUAUUGUUAUUGCUUAUUUAAAAAACUGAAGAUGUAUAAUGUAA